GGAUAUACAAUGAUCCCUUAAUCUUGUUUCCUCUCCAGGAGCGGACAGCAGUGUUAUCAGCUUUAGCAGAGAAGGCCAGGCUUACAGAGCAGACCUUCAACACUGUACCUGGUAUCACCUGUAACCCUGUGCAGGGGGCCAUGUACACCUUCCCCCGCAUUUCUCUACCGCAGAAGGCCAUUGAUAAGGCAAAGGAGGAAGGCCUGGUCCCAGACAUGUACUACUGUAUGAGGCUGCUGGAGGAGGAGGGUAUCUGCCUGGUGCCAGGAAGUGGAUUUGGCCAGAGAGAGGGAACCUUUCACUUCAGGAUGACCAUCUUGCCUCCGACUGAGAAGCUGAAGAUCGUGCUGCAGAGGAUCCGUGACUACCACCUGCGGUUCACAAAAGAAUUUUCAUAACAAUCAUCUCGAGAACCAACUCAUUCAGUGCCAGUAUCUUCAAGUGCCUAUGGGUGAAGCAGUCUUGAUGUCACCUCCUGCCCCACCCAUCUCUCAUCUGAAGGCUAUAUUCACUCUAGAUCAGAUUUUUAUGGAUAUUUUCAGUGUUUUGCAUCACUGAGGAACAUUGAAAGCGUUCGUUUAGACAGCUAGUGAAAGUUAGAUGUCCUGCUCGUGUAUGUACAACAUGUGAUGAUGUAAUGAUUUUCAGCGAAUGAUGCACUUUCCCAAGGUAUUACCCGGCCAGGUGUGUAAUGUUCAAAAAGAUGUUACAGUUCUGAUUGUAUGUUAUCGAAAGAGAAUAAGAUAAUUCAGAUGAUCUUGUCACAGUUGCUGCUACAGGUGCAUAUCUCUCUUGCCAAGACUUUAACAGCCAAAUUAGGUGGAAGUAUCAAUGUAAUAACAUGUUAGGUAGGUGAUUAACUUAACUAGCCAUAGAGGAUGCACCAUGUUGAGAAUUUGAGUAUUGUCAGGGCGAUCCAAGUGUUUCAAGGCCUGUCUCAGAAUGUAGCCAUUUCUAUCACUAAUAUUUAAAUUGUUCUUAAAUUUAAUUAAACACUUGAAUUUCUA